AUUAAUUAUGAGAAUAUUAAUUAAACCAUUUUUCUUCCUCCAACAGGUAUAUCCUAUGUUAACGGUGAAGAGUGGAUUUUGCAAAGGAAAAUAGUGGUUCCUGAAUUAUCAAAAUGGAAGCUUGGUCAUGCACUAUAUCGUUGGCUAAAUCCAGCAAUCAAGAAUGGUUUAUUACCAAUCUUAGACAAGGCUUCAAAACAGAACAUUUCAGUAGACUUACAAGAUUUAAUGAUACGUUUUGGCACUGAUAACAUUUUUGGACUUGCUCUAGGGAAAAGUUUGAAUAUUCUCACCAUUGAACUUCAUGAUGAUAAUUCAAUUGCAGUUGCAAUGGAUGCAACUCUUAAAUCAGUUUUCAAAAGAUUGUUCCUCCCCAAUUUCUUGUGGAAAUUUAUGAGAUUUUUGUCCAUUGGAUCUGAAAAAAGCCUAAAGAAGAGCCUCCACAUUUUGAACAAUUACAUAACUGAGGCACUAGAUGAACGUAUUAGUAAAACAAAAACUCGUAAUUCGAAUAAUGAUGAUCUAUUAUUGGCAUUCAUGAAAAAAUUGGAAUCAAAUGGACAUUUUUUGCCUAGGACUGCUAUUAAGAGCACAAUUCUUGACAUUUUAUUAGCGGGACGAGACUCUGUUGCUACAUCUAUUAGUUGGUUCUUUUGGCUCGUUAUGAACAACCCACACGUUGAAAAAAAGAUCGUGGAUGAAAUUAUAAUGGUGUUAAGGAAAACUCGAGGAGAAGACAUGGUCGGCCCAAAGCUGCUGGGAGAAGACACACAAAAAUGGAUGGAAGAGCCAUUGUCAUAUGAAGAAAUCAAUAGUUUGGUUUAUCUUCAUGCGACCUUACUAGAAACACUACGUUUAUAUCCUUCAGUUCCGAGAAUUGUGAGGUAUGCGAUAUCCGAUGAUAUUCUUCCAGAUGGAACUUACGUACCAGCUGGUUCGGACAUCAUUUUAUCAAUAUACUCCGUGGGAAGAAUGAAAUCGGUAUGGGGAGAAGAUUGUUUAGAAUUCAAACCAGAACGAUGGCUCUCUGCCGAUAAAACAAGAAUUGAAAGGCCUGAAGAUGGGUACAAGUUUGCAGUAUUUAAUGGGGGAUCAAGAACAUGCAUAGGGAAAUACUUAACAUUUCUUGAAAUGAAAUCUGCAGCUUCAGCUAUAUUACUUCGUUACAAAUUAUCUCCAGUUCUUGGUCAUCAAGUUGUGCCUAAACUCUUCUUCACCCUAUCCAUGAAAAAUGGGCUUAAAGUGAACUUGAAAAGUCGCGAUCUUGGCACUAUAUAAUUUAAGUCUUUAUGAAUGAAAAGAAACAAUAAACAUCACUUGGAUGGUAGUUAGGUAAAUUAGUUGUGUGACUUUUUCGUUACACAAAAUAUAGCUUAGUGACUUUAGUUGCAUAAAGUGAAAGUUGAUUGGUUCUCUUCCUUAAAAGUAUGGUUUGCUACAUUGUAGUCUCAUGCAUGUGUAAUAAAAAUAAUAGCUGUUUACUUGA